AUGAAUUUCAGUAAUAAUGCAUUAAUUACCAUCUUCUUUGUCAAUUCAGAUUCUGGAGAAAAUUCAAUAUUCCCAUUAGAAAUUUAUAAUCUUGCAAAGAGUUAUCUUACGUACAACCUGGAGAUACGAUUACCUACUAAGAAGGCUUCAGAUAAUACCAUUCCAGCGUUCCAUCAUACACCAUCAGCAUUAAAUGUCACACUCAAGAAUACUGGGUAA